AUGAACGUCAGCCCGAACCGCUCCAUCGUCAUCAUCGGCGUGGGAUUGGCCAUGUCCCGCUCGCUUGCCCUCUGGCUCGCAAACGUGGGCUGGAACAUUGCCCUCAUAUCUCGCUCUGAGAAAACCCUGUCCAACAUCGCCGAUGAGGUCAAAGCCGCUCAGAAAAGCGCAAACGCCAAGGUGAUCUACCGUACCGCCGAUGCCGGCAACCCCGAUAGUUUGACAAGCGCCCUGGACUGGUGUGCUCAACAGUUUGGUGGCAAGCUUGAUGUCUUGAAUUACAAUGCCGCCCAUGUCGCUCAGUCACACAUUACGGAAGUCACUCCGGAGAGGCUGAAUCUCGACCUCCAAGUCUCUGCGGUGGGUACCCUCGUCGCAGGCCAGUGGUUCACCCGCAAUGCCAACACCGACCGUGUCUCUAAGGGUGAGUGGCCGCUCUUCCUGGUCACUGGCGGCACGCUUGAUAAGGAGCCGCAGGUGGUGGUCUCUUCACUGUGUGCUGCUAAGGCAGCAUCGCAAACUCUCAGCCGCCUCUUUGCACAGGCGCUUCCGCAGGAGGCUCAGAUUGUGGUCGGCAUGCCGCUGAUUAGAGCAAGCAUUGUUAACCCGGAGACUGGCGGCUAUACUGAGGGAUAUCAUCCUGAUUAUAUCAUCCAAGCGGUGUUCAAGCCCUUCUUUGAAGUCCGCGAGAAGCUGCAGGAUGGACUAGACAAGUGGACAGUGGAACGUGUUAUCUGA